AUGACGUGUCGGUUUGUUUACAGCGCUGCAGCGGCUGCCUCAGACAUGGCCGUGGACAUUACAUUACUGUUCAAAGCCAGCGUGAAGACGGUGAAAACCAGGAACAAGGCCAUCGGGGUGAACGUGGACAACGCCAAAGAUGAGAUUUUCAAGAAGAGCCGACCGAAGAGCGGCUUCUCGCUGAGAGCCAAGGAGGUGAUAACGAACAUCACGAAGCUCAAAGACUUUCUGCUACAGCACCGAAAAGACUACGUGAGCGCCGGAAGUCUCAUCUCUACAGACCACAGCCGUAUGACCGACAGCGAGCGAGACCAGAUUGACCAGGACGCUCAGACCUUCAUGAGGACCUGCUCUGAAGCCAUCAAGCAGCUACGCAGUGAAGUGGAGAAGCAGGCGGCAUCAGCUCAGAUCAAGGAACACAGGGCGGCAGUGCUGGAUCUCAUUGAUAUGUAUCUGAGAGGGGUGUGCAAGCUGUACUCUGAGCAGAGGGCCAUUAGAGUCAAACGAUUGGUGGACAAGAAGAGACUAUCGAGGCUGGCACCAGAACAUCCCGGUAAAGUGGAGAAAACCGUGGUGGAGGAGCCUGCAGAGGAGAAAGUUGUAAAGGAGGAAAGUCCUGAGAAAAACGUCUCAGAAGUUCAGGACAGCUCCUUCAACCUGUGGGAGGAGGGCCGGGUGGAGGACGAGCUUUCCCCGGAGGAGAUCCAGAUGUUUGAACAGGAGAACCAGAAACUGGUCAGUGAAAUGAACAACCUGGUGGAUGAAGUGAGGCAAAUUGAAGGGAAAGUGGUGGAGAUCUCACGUCUUCAGGAGAUCUUUGCUGAAAAAGUGCUCCAACAGGAAACCGACAUAGACAACAUUCACCAGCUGGUCGUGGGAGCAACAGAGAACGUCAAAGAAGGCAAUGAGGAUAUUCGAGAGGCAAUCAAAAACAAUGCUGGCUUUCGAGUGUGGAUCCUCUUCUUCCUCGUCAUGUGCUCCUUCUCGCUCUUGUUUCUGGACUGGUACGACGGUUAACAGCGCUCCCUCGAAGGACUGCACUGGACUGUUUAAAGCCUUAGGAAGCAACAUUUGGACUGAAGGCGCGGCUCGCUGUGCUGCAGAUUGUGUUUUUCCCGUGACGAUCGUCUUCAAGUGCGUUCGUCCCUGAUGCAGAUCUGUGAAUCUGGGGUCUGAUGGAUGAGUGGACAAAACUUGGUAUCCAGCUGAAAAUGGGAUUCAGAGGAUCGACUACCAGUCUCAUUCUACCACUAAAAGUGAUAAACGUUCGACUGCACCUGGUGUUUUCCUGAACUCUUGCCACAUAAUGGGAAAUAUCCUUUAAAUUAAAAAAAAAUGAUCGACUCAAA